AUGGUAUCGCGAAAGCGCACCCGCUCCGAGGUGGACGCAGCUCCGGAGCAGCCAUCUGAAGAAGAUGGCUUGCUGAGCCGUCUUCGGAGUUGCUGGGAAUUUGCGAACCUCAUGCAGUAUAUCGCGAUUUUUGGUAAAGUCAUGAAGAUUGACGAAGACUUUGGAAUUGAUGAUUUGGAGACCGAAUGCCUCAAACCUGAACCAUCGGAAAAGCUUAUGGAGAUUGGACUCUGUCUUCUCAAAUGGGUCUCGUCGCAUCGUGGUCUUACGUUCGAGAACUUCGACGAAUAUACGCGACGCCAAUACAAUGCCAAAGCUCCCCAUCUGCCCAACCCCUUCGGUUACGACGAGGUCCCGAACAAAUUCUUGGAGUUUGACGUAUUUCUAAAGCUUCGUGUUCUCCAUCAGCUGUCUGUUUGGACUUUUUGGAACCCCGAUCGCGUCCGCGAAAAGAUGCCAGAGCAGAAAGAGAUUGACCAAACACAAUGGCGCAUUGAAGAAUUAGGAUAUGACCGUGAAGGCCGCUACUAUUACGUUCUAGACGACAACCGGUUGUACCGUCGUACCGAUCCUGAUAUCCCUCCUCCAAAGCCUGCCAAGUCGAAGCCGAAGAGUCGAAGCGCCAGAGCAUCACGGGCCUCCAAGCGACGAAAAGUCUCAGGCACGGCGCCCAUUGAAGAGUUCGAUGAAGACACUGACAAUGUCGACGACGGCGUUGCUAUGGAUCCCUUCAAAGGGAUGAAGUGGGAAUGUAUCGCCAUCACAUUGGAGGACUAUCACCGCUUCUUGGACCCGAUUCGCAAGACCAAAGAUCCCGACGAGAAGAUACUGCGGGAUAGGAUCGUGGAGCACGUGCUGCCGGUCAUCGAGAAGGAGGAAGAAGCUCUGCAGCGGAAGCGAGCCAAGCGUGAGAAGGAGCUCCUGAACAUGCAGUUGCUUGCAGGCGCUAAACGGUCGGGUCGGCUCGCUCAGAAGGCCGAGAGGGAGCGACAGGAGCGAGAGGCAGCCGAAGCAGCUCGGAAGUACGAGGCGGAUUUGGCUGCGGCGCGCAAGGAAGAGGAAAGGCUGAGCAAGAUGGAGGAAGAACGACGCACUCGGAUGAUGACGCGUGAGCAGCGCAUCAAAGAGCGCGAACGAAAGCGUCUGCUACAUGAAGCUGAACUCCGGAGAAUCGCAGAAGAACAGGAGAGACUCGAAAGGGGUGAGAGCAGAUUGUCUGAAAGGCAGCUCAAGGCUGAAAUGGAGAAGCAGAGGAAAAACUUGGAGGAGCUUCAAUCAGAUGAUCAGUGGAUUUUUGACUGUUCAGGUUGUGGAGUUCAUGGGGAAAAUCUGGAUGAUGGCUCACAUAGCGUAGCGUGCGAAAGGUGCAAUGUGUGGCAGCAUAGCAAGUGUCUAGGUAUUGCGCAGGAUGAUGCCGAGCGCGAAGAUUUCCACUUCGUCUGUCAGGACUGCAAGCGACGAGAGGAAGAGGCGAAGCUGCCGAAAAUCCCACCAUUGAAGUUCAAAAUCGGUUCCUCACCACCGUCCACUACUUUGGCAACCCACCAUCAUCAAGGGUCAGAAGAAACGAAUACCGCACAAAUGGGUUCUCCUUCAAAGCCAUCGAAGGUACAGCCACACGCGCCAUCUUCAAAUUCAACUCAGGCAGCGGCUAUUGUGCCAUCAUCGCCUGAACGUCGCCCCCAGCACGUUACCCACGAACAGUCAGCUCCGGUUAGCGACUCUCGGCCUCCGUCAUCGCCGAUGAAGGGCAUGAAUGGCUUUGCACCUUCUUCCCAGGGACUGCCUUCCAAGCUGCCUUCCAUCUCACAAGCUACCAACCUCCCUCCUAUCAGUCGAGGCACCUUUGGUGGCAGUUCUUUCCAUUCUGGACGGCCAUCGUCUGCCCACUCAGCUCAGAGCCCGAAUCUUCCCUCUCCUAUCCAGAACCGUCCCUCAAUGUCUCCCACCCAGGGCAAUCAUGAUGUUGGUCCGCUUGCGGGAUUCCCAACUUCAGGUCCCUCGGAUGGCUCAGCUCCCUGGACGCCCUUUGGACAACAUCGGGCUUCGCGGCCCGACGCUGGCAAUAAUGCCUCCUUUUCUUCGAUCCACAGCGGUCGGCCAUCUUUCUCAGCGGCAACUCCUAGUGGCAGCAGGUCCUCGCCCCCGCAGAGCUCGCAUGGCGUACCACUUUCUGGCAUUAGCCCAACCAAACAGUCUCCCCGACCCAUGACCUCGGGCAGCCUUGUCGGGGCCCCAAUCCUGCCUCCAAUUCAAAGACUGGAGCCAAGCCCGAAAUUGAUGGGCAGAAGUUCGCCCGACGCGCCCAUUCCACCACCAGUGAAAUCUAUGACUCCUGAACAGGAAGAGCGUCGGCAAAGGGAGAAUGCUAUGAUGUUCCAGUCUCAAUCGCACGCCCUGUCUAAUGGCCAGUAUUCCGCCAUGUCAUCGCCAUCGCUCAAUCGUAUAACCCAUUUAGGCCCAUCAGCUCUUAGUCGGAACACCGAACCGCAGUGA